CUUCUGCUUCUCCAUACACAUCCUCUUCGGCUGCAGCUGCAGUUGGUCCUUCUGCUUCUUCUGCUUCUCCAUACACAUCCUCCCCAGCCGCAGUUGGUCCUUCUGCUUCUCCAUACACAUCCUCCCCAGCCGCGGUUAGUCCUUCUGCUUCUCCAUACACAUCCUCCCCAGCCGCAGUUAGUCCUUCUGCUUCUUCAUACACGUCCUCCCCAGCCGCGGUUAGUCCUUCUGCUUCUUCAUACACAUCCUCCCCAACCGCAGUUGGUCCUUUUUCUUCUACUCAAACGAUUUCUCCAUCUUUCUACACCCCUUUUUCACCUGCCACUACUUAUGCUUCUGGAUUGUCAUCAGUACAGUCUCUGUUAACAUCCGUCACUGUUACGCCAGUAAUUUCAAUACAUACAACGUCAUCUUCAUCCCAACAAGUUUCUUCUACACCAUAUAAAACAAUACUCCAAUCCAUAUCUAUAAGCUCAAUUUCAAGUGACGCUACGUUUUCAAGUCCAGUUUCUAUCAUCAGUAUAACCUCUUUUGCUUCAAACCGGGUCGAAACUUCUCCGCUAGGUUCAUCUACUCAAUCCAGCUCCACUUACGUGGCCGAGUCGUCUAAAAGUAACAUACCUCUAACGCAGCUCCCUAGUGGUUCAGAAGCGUCAUAUAGGAUGACUAGUCAGAAUACCGCGAGCAAUGAUCAACUCACAACAACAAGGCAAUCAAAUCUCCCAUAUUCUUCCUCUAAGAAAACAUUAGAUAAUGAAUUUUUUUCGGCAACGUUUCAAACCAAUCCUACAGGUUUGACUAAGUCGGAUACCUUAUCUACCUCAGCAUCCCGUAGCUCGACGCCUCAAUUAGUGGCAAGCGGUGUUUCUGACUCGUCGAUUGAUCUGGGAUCCCAUAUCACGUCAUUAUAUCACUCCGGCUCCUCAAUAUCUUCAAAAAAGUAUUCCAAAGAGACAAAUAUUAUCACUAAAUCAUUUUCAAAUACACAAGAAAGUGUCACAAGAUCAACAACAACAUAUCAAUCCAGUAGGCAGUCUAGAAUAUCCACAGCAAAGACCACUGUAAAUACCCAGAAUCAUGUUUUAACAACCACCUCUUCAUCCACCUUUUCAAAAUCAGCGAACUCGAUAGCUGGCUCAAUCAGUUUAUCAAAUAAGUUGUCAAAAACCACAACUGACAGUCGGGGAACACUUAGUUCUACUACAAGAAGAAACUCCCACAACAGCUCCCUCAAAACUGGCGAAUCAAACUUUGGUAUAUCCACGAAACCCUCAACAAACACUAUUGGCACAGCCACACAAACUCAGGAGAUUACUGAUUCAAAAUCCAUAACUGCUGUUCCAUCUACAUACCCUACGCGCCCAUACACAACUUCAAACGAUUAUGCAUGGUUACCCACUGCUAUUAUUGUGGAGCCAUCUGAAUCAGACGCAUCUACAACAUCAUUUAAUCCAUCAAUUACAGGCUCACUUCCUAAUGUCAUUGCGCCUGCUAUUUCCGUACCUGAGCCUGCCAAUCACACUUUGAUAACUAUCGGAUUUACAGCUGGACUGAAUUAUGUAUUUUUGGUAAAAAAUCCAUUAUCAUCAGCCCAAGUUUUUAGCUUUUUACCACUAGUUUUGAAGUAUCCAUUCUCGGAUACCACGUCACAACCAGAGGAGAGCGGUACAUAUGAAAUGGGAUCGUCUAGUUUUGCUCUUUCGUAUAAGUCAGGAAGUAGCACUACCACACUUUCUCCUAAGUCUGUAUCACCAAUAUCCGUCGUCGAAAAAAGAAAGAAAGGGGAAAAGAGUGGUGUUACGUCAACAGCAAAUUUAGACUUACCGUCAAUUGGAAAUUCCUCGAUAGUGGUGAAACAGAUCGUACCCAUGAUAGAUUCCUCCAAAGCAUAUGUUAUAGCAGUAGCAGAAGUAUAUUUUCCAACAGAAGCUUUAUCAUUUCUUCAGGAGUUAAUCCUUGACAGCAACUCAACUCUAUACAACAAUCCUCAAACCCCGCUACGAACCUUAGCUGGCCUAAUCGAUAGUAGUAUUCCCUUAGGAGGUUUAACGUUGUAUGGAUCCAACAAUGGGUGUUCUAUAUGUGAUUCAUCACCGAGUGUUUCAGAUUCUUCAAAUAAAAGCUCAACAGGGAACGCUGGAACUAAUGAGUACGGCUCUUUAGACGAUUUUGCUAACUCAUUAACCGAUCAUAUGCCUUGGAGAAUUACAAAAAGAUUUAUCAUAUAUCUAACUUGUUUGACAGCUGGCGUACUCAUGUGGUUACUACUUGCAUUGCUUGCUUUCCGUCACAGGAACAUUUUAUUAGGAAGACGUCCGAGAAAUUGUAUUGAAAAAACUCCCAAUAAUGAAAGAGGACUUGAAGGUAUUGGGGUUAGCACCUCCCGCUCAUCUUCUGAAAACCAUAAUUAUAACGAAAAGAAUACAAACAAUGAAAGCGAAAGCUUUCACUUAAUGGAAGACGAUCAAUAUAUCGCCACUGGAGAAAACACGAUUUAUAGCGCCACCCACGGAUUGCAUUACACCGUAGAUGAAGAUGGCGACUUAUUUUAUAGAAAAUCGAUGCCUGAUGAUUUUGACGAAAUAAAUGAAAAUGAAGAUUCGGGUAUAGAUAGCAUUUUAAGAGAAUGCGUGUAUGACAAACAUCAAGAUACGACCGAGGCUUAUUUAAACGACGAAGAAUCGAUCUCAAGCAAUCUAGAUGUUGAUGAAAAUGGUAAUAUUAGGUUAUACGACACUUAUUCCGAUGAAGAUGAACCAAACUGUUCCCAUUUGCAAGACGAAGUUAUCGAAGACUACAAUAACAGCCAUGUGUACAAAAUGCAACUUCAAGGAUUAGAAAUCGGUUCAUAUACUACAGGAGAUGAUCCAAACACAGGAAACUUGAUCACAAACGAGUUCUCUUCAGGUAGUCAGACGUGCUUGCCAAGCACCGCCUAUACUACUCCGCUUGAUACAGAUUCAAUCAAAUUACACAUUUUAGGUCAUGCAGGCUCUUCAUUGCAGAAACCAGUUCAAGCCUUUAUUUCUAACCACGAAGAGCUUGAAAUAGAGGACAUUGAUGACAAUGGUAGUGUCUCAGACAUUCAAGUCGAAGAGUUAGAUGCUUUAGAUGAGGAGCUUUACAAGAGAAUGUCAAAGAUUGUAAAACAACAGAACAACUAA